AUGGAUCUCUUCCUCUAUAACCCUACCUACCAGGUCUGGAUCUGCACGGCCACUAGCUGCCAGUACGCAGUAACUACCUCCACCUUGCUUACCCACCUCCGCACCCACCAUCACUCGCACCCAACCGCGGCAACCCUUCCCCUCCGCGAAGCCGCCCUAGAGGCGAUGCUCCAGCGGGCGUGGGCUGACCCAGCCCAGGAGCCCGGCCGCCAGCCCACCACGGGCGACCCGCCCGUGCCAGGCCUGCCCGUCUACCAGGGCUACGGCUGCCCGCACUGCCCCUACAUCGCCUGGACCCUGGAGUCUACUAACGGCCACCGCCGCGCGCAGCACAAGGAGCAGGACGGCACGUGGGGGCCUGGCCGGCUCUCGGCCGCCCGGGCCAGGGCCCGGCAGCAGGCCCGCCUCGCGAAUCGGGUAGUAUCCUGCCAGCGAUUCUACGUUACCCAGGCUGGGAGCCACUUCUUUGAGGUGACCUACACGGCAGCCCUCACGGCCGCCCGGGGCAUGAAGAAGAAGCCAGCGCUAACCCCCGCGGAGCUCGUCCGGGCCCGCGUGGACCAGGCGCUGCGGGAGGGGGAGGUGGCCGUGGAGAGGGCCGCGGGCCAGGUCCUAGUCCUAGAUCCACACCUAACUGAGGCCUCGCCCUGGCUAGAGCUUACCCGCUGGCCCGAGUACCUUCGCGGCCAGGACCUGACCGCGGUGGCCCUACUUGGCGGCCCGCCUGAUCCCCGCGAGGAGCCACUACCAGCCCAGCUCGCCGCGAGCGUGCAGCGGCUAGUCAGCCAGGCCUACGACGCCAUCCAGGGCGGCCAGAUCAACGAGUUCAACUAG